UGUGGAGUGGUUUGGGGGGGGGCGAACCGCUCUCCGGAUAUUCGCUGACUCCGACAUUGAUUCCGAGGAAGGGCUUCCGCGCCGCUGCGAUGAAGCGCACCGUGCCACGAAGCACUCUGAAGAACCUGAUGAAGAAGCACAAGCCCCAGCUCCGAUUGGGCGGCAACACCGACUUACUGGUACAUUUGAACUUCUUGUUGUUCCUGUUUCGAUUAGCAGAAGAAGCCAGGACCAAGGCUAUUGAAGAAAAGAGUAAAAUAAUUAAAUAUGAACAUGUUGUGUCUUCCGCAAAGAUAAUUUUAAAGAAGAGUCGAGGCUAAAGGAAAGAGUUCUUAAAUUCACUGACAUUCACAGGGUCUUAUACAUGAUGCAGUUUAGAUAUUUUUGUUUUGCAUUUUUUUUUGCAUUAAAUAAUGUCUCAGAAAUAAAUCUCAGUUAAAUGUAGCUUUUGAUGAAAUUUAGUAAAUUAAUUAGUAAAACCAACAUCAGUGAUUGAAAUAGUUUAAAUAUUUAUUAUAAAAUAUUUCUUUUUUUUGUAAUGAUUAUAUAAGGUGCCUUAUCUGAAAUUUUUAAACAUUACCUUAACUGAUAGUCAAUAUGUAUUCCUACAGACCUUUAUAAACCAAAACUUUAUUAUUCAGAGGAUAUUUUUAAUGUGCAAGUUGUCUACUGUUUAUACCCUUUUAAACUUCUAAUCCUAAAUCACAUUUUAAAUAAAUAAUCUUUCAGCUAAAGAAAUAGCUUUGUACUUGACUUCGUACUCUUGUAUUGGCAGACAGACUUUUAAAACACAAAAUUAUAAAUGAAAUAUAAAAAUAUUUCAAAUAGUACCAUUUGUAGUAAUAAAGCCAUAAUACCAUUUGUAUUAUAGACUGUAUUCUUCUCAUGUUAUUUUUCAUGCUAUUUUUUUAUUUGUUGGACAAAAAAAAUAAAAUGAUAAACAAUCUUUGCCAGACCCAGUUUUAAUAUUUCCUUGGAUGGGACAGCAGUGAUAUAUUUCUUUUCUUUUAUUAAACAGCUACUGAUGUUGAUGAUCAUAAAGGAAAUGAAAAGCAUGAAGCAGAUUUAUUCUUUUCAGUUUUCAUUUUUAGUAGAAAUAUCAGUUCUGUCAUCUGAACUCUACAUGCAUAACGUUACACAGGAAGAAUAUAACUGGAACCUUCAGUUUGUAUAUGUGUGUAUUACUAGCUGUAAAGAGAUUUAUCUUCUGUCUUACAGUUUUUGGAAUUUCUACACCAUGACACCCUUCAGGCAGAAAUAAAUUCUUUUUGGAAAAGAAAG